GCAGGAGCAGCCCCGGCUGCGGGUCGCGACGGCGGCGGGGCGCCCCCUCCCCCGUGCCGGGGCGCGGCGGAGGGAUGUGGGGCUUUGCGGGAGGAAGGCUUUUCGGCUUCUUCUCCGCCCCGGUGCUGGUGGCGGUGGUGUGCUGCGCCCAGAGCGUGAACGAUCCCGGCAACAUGUCCUUUGUGAAGGAGACGGUGGACAAGCUGUUGAAAGGCUACGACAUUCGCCUGAGACCCGACUUCGGGGGUCCCCCGGUCUGCGUGGGGAUGAACAUCGACAUCGCCAGCAUAGACAUGGUGUCCGAAGUCAACAUGGAUUACACCUUAACCAUGUACUUUCAACAAUACUGGAGAGAUAAGAGACUCGCCUAUUCCGGGAUCCCGCUCAACCUCACACUGGACAAUCGCGUGGCUGACCAGCUAUGGGUGCCUGACACAUAUUUCUUAAAUGACAAAAAGUCAUUCGUGCACGGAGUGACCGUGAAAAACCGCAUGAUCCGGCUCCACCCCGACGGGACGGUGCUGUAUGGGCUCAGAAUCACCACGACGGCGGCGUGCAUGAUGGACCUGCGAAGGUACCCCUUGGAUGAGCAGAACUGCACCCUGGAAAUUGAAAGCUACGGCUACACCACGGAUGACAUUGAAUUUUACUGGCGCGGCGGUGACAAGGCUGUCACCGGGGUGGAAAGGAUCGAGCUCCCUCAGUUCUCCAUUGUGGAGCAUCGUCUGGUGUCCAGGAAUGUUGUCUUUGCCACAGGUGCCUACCCUCGUCUGUCCCUGAGCUUCCGAUUGAAGAGGAACAUUGGGUACUUCAUUCUGCAGACGUACAUGCCAUCGAUACUAAUCACUAUUCUCUCCUGGGUCUCCUUCUGGAUCAAUUAUGAUGCAUCUGCCGCUCGAGUUGCCCUUGGGAUCACGACCGUGCUGACCAUGACAACCAUCAACACGCACCUUCGGGAGACGUUGCCCAAGAUCCCCUACGUCAAAGCCAUUGACAUGUACCUCAUGGGCUGCUUUGUGUUCGUGUUCCUGGCCCUUCUGGAGUACGCCUUCGUCAACUACAUCUUCUUUGGGAGAGGUCCUCAGAGGCAGAAGAAGCUGGCUGAGAGGACCGCCAAAGCCAAGAACGACCGUUCGAAGAGCGAAAGCAACCGGGUGGACGCUCAUGGAAACAUCCUGUUGACGUCCCUGGAGGUGCACAAUGAGAUGAACGAGGUGGCGGGCGGCCUCGGGGACACCAGGAAUUCAGCAAUAUCCUUUGACAACUCAGGAAUCCAGUACAGGAAACAGAGCAUGCCUAGGGAAGGGCAUGGGCGGUACCUGGGGGACAGGAGCAUGCCGCACAAGAAGACCCAUCUACGGAGGAGGUCUUCGCAGCUCAAAAUUAAAAUCCCCGAUCUGACCGAUGUAAACGCCAUUGACAGGUGGUCCAGGAUUGUGUUCCCUUUCACUUUUUCUCUCUUCAACCUGGUUUACUGGCUGUACUACGUUAACUGAGUGGCUGCACCCGAUUUUUCAAAGACUUCAUUUAACACUGAGUGAAGUAUUUCUCUGCCUGUCAAGUUUUUAUACCUGUGCACACACAGAGACACACACGCAGACACACACACGUAUACAUACGCGAUUGUAUAUAUAUGUGAACUUUCUCAGCAUAUAUAUAAAAUACACGUGUAUAUGAGGAUGUAUGUGUAUAUGUUUAUACACACAGGUGUAAGUGCCCACAUGUAUGUAGAAGAAAUACACAUACACCCAUACAUUUUGCAGCUACGGACACAUUUGACACAGAUGCGUAUUAAAGGAAGUCGUCGGUUUUUUUUUUU